AUGUCAAAGGUUCUGCAGCUGCACGUCGUCCCUGACACGGCCGCAUCCUCGGAUGACCUCACCGACGGGCUUGAGCUCGACACGCUGCUGGGCGGGAAGCAGCACCUCAAAUUCCGCAGGAGCAAGAAGGACGCCGUCAAAAUCGACGCCCCCGGCGGCGAGAAGAGCAAGCCCGCGCUGCUUUUGAAACCGGACGUAGCGGCAUGCAAGACGGUGGUGCACGUAAUCGACACGGUUCUGGUGCCGGACACUUGA